UGACGUCAGCACAGGGCGCCAAAUGCGCGAGACAGAAGAAGUGGUGGAAUAUUGAGCGGAGCCGCUUUAAAGUCAGAAGCAGCAGUCAUGGACCUCGGCUCGUUCGAGGCGGAUAACUCCUCCAGCUGCCGGCUGGCCUCCCACAUCCCCGAGGUGUGCCGGACCGAGGACUGCUGCCUGGGCAUCGACGAGGCGGGCAGGGGGCCCGUGCUGGGUCCCAUGGUGUAUGGAAUAUGUUUCUGUCCAAUUUCCAAAAAGGAAGAUCUGAAGGACUUGAAAGUGGCAGAUUCAAAGACUCUGACUGAGACUGAAAGAGAAAAUCUUUUCCAAAAAUUGGAUGAGGCCAAAAGUUACAUCGGCUGGGCUCUGCAAAUCCUCUCGCCGAACACCAUCUCUACCAGCAUGCUGCAGAGGACAAAAUACAACCUGAAUGCUCUUUCCCACGAUACUGCCAUUGGUCUGGUACAGUAUGCCUUGGACAGUGGCGUACAACUGAAGGAGGUUUUUGUGGACACAGUGGGCCCAGCAGAGAAGUAUGAGGAAAAGCUCUCCCAGCUGUUUCCGGGUAUUGAGGUGACUGUGAGGCCAAAAGCUGACUCCCUCUUCCCUGUCGUCAGUGCAGCCAGUAUCUGUGCUAAGGUUGCCAGGGACCGUGUGGUCAAAGACUGGAAGUUUGCUGAGGACCUGGGAGAGGUGGACACAGACUACGGGUCAGGAUACCCUAAUGACCCCAAGACCAAAGCCUGGCUGCUGAAGUACAUGGAUCCCGUGUUUGGUUACCCUCAGUUUGUUCGAUUCAGCUGGAGCACCGCACAGACUCUGAUGGACAGCAAGGCAGCGACCGUUCAUUGGGACGACGACGACGAGGAGACGGGGGAGAAGGCGGCUCAGCGACAGAACAACCGGUCCAUGCUGUCCUACUUCAGCGCGUCCGCUGGAGGUAAAGACCACAAUCCAACCCGCAAGACGCACCGCUUCUUCACUGAGCGGCGGCUGAAGAGCCUCAACACACUGUGAAGACUCACCAAAGGACACACAGCUCAUGGGAGCUCUCUUUUUUCACUCUGUGGUGUCACUAUAAAUCCCUCAACCAUCACUGACAUUGUUUUUGUAUGAACAAAUGUAAAGUCAGAUCAUAAUCUUCUUUUAUUUGUACUCAUUGUUCUUGUUUUUUUGAUACAUAAAAACUUCGCUUAAAGCUGG